CUGUCCGCUGGUACUUGAGGGUAGGCUAACCGGCUAGCAGUCUUAGCUGCGUCUCCCCCUUUCUCUUCUGGGGGAAGAAAACGAAAAGCUCGGUCCGUGGCACCCCGCGGCCUCCAGCUUUUCCGACAGACGCCAUGCCGGUGCACUCACGGGAGAAGAAAGACAGCAACCACGAAGAAAUGGAGGUGGAUUUUCCGGAGCAAGACGGCAGCAGCACAGACGAGGAGGACACCGUUAGCUCGUCGGUGUCUGAAGAUGGAGACAGCUCAGAGAUGGAUGACGAGGACUGCGAGAGGAGGAGGGUGGAGUGUCUGGAUGAGAUGACCACUCUGGAGAAGCAGUUCACUGACCUGAAGGAGCAGUUGUAUAAGGAGCGCCUGAGCCAGGUGGAAGUGAAGCUGCAGGAGGUGAUGGCCGGCUGCGCCCAAGAGUACCUGGAGCCUCUGGCCAACCUGCAGGAGAACAUGCAGAUCAGGACCAAAGUGGCUGGGAUCUACAGGGAGCUGUGUCUGGAGUCGGUGAAGAACAAAUACGAGUGCGAGAUUCAAGCUGCAUGUCAACACUGGGAGAGUGAGAAGUUGCUGCUGUUUGACACCGUGCAGAGUGAGCUGGAGGAGAAAAUAAGGCGACUGGAGGAAGACAGACACAGCAUCGACAUCACCUCAGAGUUGUGGAAUGAUGGGUUGCACGCCCGCAAAAACAAGAAGAAGGACCCUUUCUGUCCCGUCAAGAAGAAAAAGCCAGUUGUUGUGUCAGGCCCUUAUAUUGUUUACAUGCUGCAAGAUCUGGAUAUUCUUGAAGACUGGACUGCAAUCAGAAAGGCGAUGGCGUCACUGGGGCCUCAUCGGGUGAAGGUAGAUGUCCCUGCGUUGAAGCCGGACAGACACCAUCACGUGGCCCGCUCUGAGGACGGGCGACUUUACUACGACAGCCAGUGGUACUGCAGGGGGCAGGCCAUCUGCAUCAAUAGGAAGGACGAUUACCCAACCAGUGCCGUCAUCACCACCAUCAACAACGACGAGGUGUGGUUCAAACGGCUGGACGGCACCAAGUCGAAGAUGUACAUCUCCCAGCUGCAGAAAGGCAAAUACACCAUCAAGCACUCCUAAAGGAAAGGAGACGUUCCAUCACGCGCUUGGAUGUUCCCCUUUCUUCCGUCUCCACAUCCACAUGAGCGGCCGUCCUGCCCUGUUGUACAUUUGUAAAUGAGCGUUCGCGUCAUCAUGGUCACAAAGUGUCUUUUUGUCUGGAAUGAUCAGUGAAAGGUGCUGCUAAAAGAAACAAAAAAGAUGGGGCAAACUGUGAAGAGCUUAGUGCCUUUACUGGGAGGAAGGGGGCGCUCCAGUUGACGGGGGCAGAUGAAACCAUCCCGUCUCCUGACGCGGUCAAGCGUUGCCCCUUGGCGGGCCAGCAUGGCGUCGGCUGGAGCGGGUCAGUGAACCAGGUGAUGGUACUGUGUGCCUCCACAGGCAUAACAGUUAAACUUGAAUUUCAUGCUCAUUUUUGGCGAAAAUCCCCCACAGACCCCAAUAAAUAGUGUUUGUUUUAAGUCAAAGUGAACAGAAUGUUGUUGUUUUUUUUGCUUCAAAUUCUCUUUUGAUGCUUUAUUUGCCAAACUAACAUUUCCAGCACUACAUUUAAAGAUUAAAGGUCAAACUUUAGUUCAUAAGAGAUAUCAAGUUGUAAAUGUCAUAUGGGACUUAAGAGGUGCCAAUUUUUGUGCAAAACUACAUUUCAUUGCUGAUGUAUUAAUUACGCUGAGUCGUUCAUUUUGUUUGUGAAAGCAGCCCGUCUUUAUAAACUACAGUAUUGUAAAAAGAGCUGUGUGCCACAGAAGAUCUGAAGGAAACUGCUCUAAACAUCAUUUCUACUUUUAUUUUUUAACUUUAGAUAUACAAAUAUAUAUAUUGUGUAUCAUAAGUUGUGUGAGAGUACAAAUAAACUGUGCCAAUGCAUAAACA